AAAGUGUAUUUCGUGUGGAGAACAUAGCGUGGAAGCUAAUGUGUUGGGAAUUGGGUUCAGUGGUCGCCGUCCAGGUUUGUGUUUGGCAAAAGAAAAACACCGCGUCCCUGGGGUGCUUUGGGGCUCUGGUGACGAUCGAAGAAGGCGACAGAAAUUUAAUUCGCACUAACCCAUCAGUCGUAUAAGAAGAAAAAGCUGCGACCAGAGAGGACAUUGUUGGGUUUUGAGGGUGAUAAGUUUUUUUUCUGAACUGCAUUGCUCGAUGGCCGAUGUUUCGAUUAACUAAACCGAUUAUUAAGUGAAUCAACCGCGGACGUACAUUCCGACACAUUUUGUGUAAACCCCGGAUUCAGUACCACAUUGGCUGACAACUUGGUCGAUCGGAGACCGGGAAGUCCCAAGGCUAAAUAACCGCUCCCGAACAUGGAUGACGAUGGGGAAUACAACGACGGUGACAUAGUCUGGGUGAAGCUCAGCUAUUGUUGGUGGCCGGGUGAGGUGUUGGGUGGUGAUCGUUUGACCGAGGAUUUCAUUUCCACGUUGAAACGCCGCCCCUUGGCCGUUGUUAAGUUCUUCGAGGAAGAUUCAUAUGAAUAUGUCAGAAAUACUAAUUUUAUCUAUAAAUAUAACUGCGGUAGGAAACACGAAUUUCUUAGAAAGGGCUUGGAACAAUACCGCGCCAAAAAUAAGCACAUGGAGAAAUUUCCAUCUGACGUUAUGCAUGCCGAACGCGCAACAGGAGGCGACCCAAACAUUGUCAACUCAACCGACUUUUUGCCUCAAAAGCGCGAAAGCUAUGCGGACAUCUUUGGCGAUAGAAACAAAGGCAAAGGUAAAAACACUAGCAAGAAAGUCGCCUCUCCUAGUAAAGUAGUACCAGUGAUUCCUGUGAAGAAGCACGAGGUCAGGAUACUGGGACAAGCGACAACAUCGACGGGACUGAGCGUCGGAAGCCGAAGUCUAUCAUCGUCUCUAGCUUCGGCUUCAUCGCUGUCAUCGACUCCGAGAUCCGCAUUCAAUGCGUCUUCGCUGAACUCAUCGGUAGAUGUCACCAACAACAGCACGAUUGGCUCGCCGAUACAGAACUAUCGUUGCCACAAAUGUGGCUUCGAAAGUGGGCGACAAAAUGUGAUUGUUCUCCAUACCAAGUAUUGCCGCGCGAUACCGCUGAACUUACCUUCGGUGAAAGUAACCAAACCAGUUCCAAUAACACCGGAGAAACCCGAGCCAGACACGACCCAAACAGUUGUAGAGUCCCAAGGCAAAUUGGUUGCUUCCACUCCAAAAACGGACGUACAGGAAAAGAUCGAAAAGAUUGCCGAUGGUGAUGAGUUAGUAGAAGUGAUCCAGGUUAUUGAGCCGGUAAAACCUACGCGUGGGGGACGCACUCCGAGAGCGGCUGCCCCAAUUGCCAAAUCUACACCGAAAAGUACCGAUCGCCGACGAAACCGAACAAGAGGUCGGGCAGCGGUGACUACAGCGGAUGCCGCGGAUGAUGAAAAAGUGGAAGUCUUCAUGGAAGUAACCGAGGAAAAGGAAGAGAUAGUCAAAGAAGAAGAUAAGCUUCCGGAAAAAGAUGUAGAAGUAGUGAAAGAGGAUGAAUCAGUCGACAAAGAUGAUUCGAAGGGUUCCAAAGGAAAGAUAGAAUUGAAGAAUGAACUUUUAGCUGAUUGGAGUGAAGACGAACAGGAUGAUCAGAACGACUCUGCGAAAGAAGAGGUGACUGUUAAAGACGAAGAGCCAGUUGAGAAGCUAAAAUCUGUGAAUACUGCAACGAACUCGCAUGAUACGAGUUUGGAGAAGUCAGUUGAUUGUUCACCCCAGUUAGCGUCACCAGUGUCGUCAGGAACGACAAUCAAGUAUCGAAAUAUUCCGAAGAAGCAAAAGCGGGAGUUUAUCGAGGUGACAAACGAUCAACCAACUGCGCCAGUGGCAACUACAGUGGAAAAAUCUUCUAAUGAAAGCUGUAUUAGUACGACAGCAGCGAUAUGUGUUGGAGAUACUUCAUUAAAUUCAUCGGACAAAACCCUAGCAUCGACCGAGAAUUUCCCCGAUCGACCAAUAAGUGCAAAGCAACGCAUCCUGGAUAGAGCAACACGUGGAUCCAGUAAAUCGAUCAGCAGUGAUGAAACAAAGCGUGAAUCGCCGGUUAAAGCAAUAGCGCAAGAAUCUCAGUCGCCCAAGGACGAUGACUCGAAGAAGGAAACUUCCUGUUUCGAUUUUAAGGAAGACGAAGAAGAGGAAGUAGUACUAAAUAAGUCACCCCGGAGAUCACUUUCCAAUAAACGUGACCCUUCGCUGGAAUUGAGCACCAACAUUGUAGAUCCCAUCCAGGAGCAAGAGGAACUGGAGCGUGCUAAGAAGGAUGCGGAACUUACGAACAAAAUAGAAUCGCUGCUUUGUGAAACUAGCCUACCGAGCUUGCCGGAACUUCCUAAGAUCUCAAAUACCCCAUCCCCGGGACCAUCAUCGUCUACGGAGACAACACCCCAACUCAAAGAAGAGAUUGAAAGGAACCGUACUUUACCGCCGAAGGAACGUGGUAAGCGUAUCUUCAAGACGCGCAACAAAAUAAUCGAAAACGAAGCGAUUGCGCUUGAACAGUCAAAAGCGAUUGUAAUGGAUUUUGUUAAAAAGUCCCACGAAGAAGAGCUUGCAGAGCUGCUGGAACAGCAAAGGGUCGAGACCAAGCUGAGUUCGGAAUCACCAACGACUACUAACGAUGACUCACAGGAAUCAGUUGUGUCAAACGAGCCAACUCGUUUCGAAAAUUCAGAAUUCGCAGCGAUCAAAUCCAAGCGUACGAAAAUUUCACAAGCAGAAAAUAUUCUGGCCCUGAGUGCUCAAGCAAACAUUACACAGGAGUCAUCGGUUAGUUCUUCCAACGAGAUGCCGAAGCCUACGGAAGCGGACUCUCUACCGGUGUCAAUAAGUAAGGAACAGUUGGAGCUAAAUUCGCUAAGUACUGUUGAUGAUACACCCAGAGGUGGUCGGAAGAGCAAACAGAGGAAAUCCGGUACACCAGUAAUUGAAAAAACGAUUGAAGAAAAGGCAAAGCCGGAAUCACAAUCACCCGUUCCAGACGGUGCUACCAGGAGUCGUAAAAAGAAAAGCCUCGAGCUUCAGGUUUCAGUUGAAACGCCGAACUCGGAAGAAAUCGUAGAGUCGGAACCACAAUUACACCUUGAAGAUGUAAUUCGCAAAGGACGAAAGAAGCGAGGCGUUGAACUUCCGCAUUCAGUUAUUGAAAAACCCAGUACAACCAUGGUCAAUGUUGAGAAAAUGGCCGUGGAAGCACCAGAACCAGUCGAAGAAACUGUUAAGCCGGAACCACAAUCCACCCAUCGCAGUAUGACUCCCAAAGGGCGGAGGAAGAGGGGUAUGGAGCUUCAGAGCUCAGGUAUGGUUGUGAUUGAAGCACUUAGCUCGGCCAUAGUUGCUGAGUCAGAAACACACACAUGCUUUGAAGAUGUGACUACUAAAGGACGAAAGAAGAAGGGUGUAGAGCUUCAAAACUCUGAUGAAGCAGAAAUGUCUAUUUCAGUAGAAAUGGAUAUAACUCCAAAAAAUCAAAUAAAGGAAUCCGACUUGGUAGCGAUUGGAGCCCAUAGCUCUAAGGAAGCAGUAGUGUCGGAAGCAAAUACACUCAUAGAAGAUGCGCCUGUCAAAGGAAGAAAGAAACGGGGCAUAGCGCAUAGCAGUUCAGCAGUUGAAAAGCCUAGUUCAGCUUCUUCUGAAGUUGAUAAAAAAAUCAAUGAAACUUCAAAGCAGAACGAAGAGCCAGAAGCAGCCUUAGCAGUGAAUGCUCCGAAGGACCGAAAGAGAAGAGGCGUUCAUCAGAGAUCAAACGUGGAUGAGGAUAAGGAGCUCAACUCGGAACAAGUUGUAGAGUCAGGAAUAGAUUCACGCGUCGAAGAUGUGGUUCCAAAAGGACGGAAAACACGAAGUGUGGAACCUAUUAGCCCAGAUAUAGGGGAGGUUACACAGGUGAUUGAAAUCACAGAGCCGGAGGCUCCUAAGACUCGAAGAAAGAGGGGGGUGGGGCUUCCAAGCCCAGUAGUUGAAACCCCAAGCUCUGCUACUGCCGAAUUUGAAAAAACGGUUGAGAAGAUUUCUGAACCGGUCAGAGAUACAACACCCAAGGGUAGAAGGAAGCGAUUUAAUGAGCUUCAAAGCCCAGAUCAGAAGAUUGAUGACCAACCUUGUACCGGUGCUUCUCAUACUGAAGAAUCAGUCGACAAGGGAACGACUUCGGAGCCACAUGCUGAAGCUGCCGUAUCUAAGAGUAGAAAGAAGCGAAGUGGCGAAUUGCACAACUUGGAGCUCCCAGCGUCGCAACGUUUUGCAACUGUGGUUUUAGAAAAAUUAACCGAAGCGACCUUAGAAGCGGAGCUCCAAUCAGAGGUCCCCGACAUCACACCAAAAAGCCGCAGGAAGAGAGUUUCAGAAGUGGUUGCAGCCGAUGAUAGUAUCGAAAGCCCGCUCGAGGAAGCACCUAAACUAAAAGAAAUAUGCCUGGAAGUUAGUGCACCCAAGGGUAGAAAGAAGAGAAGUGAUGAGUUUCAACAUUCAGAGCAGUUGGGUCAUGAUACACUUCGGGUAGAGAUUGAAAAACUAGUACAAGAGAUUCCGAAACAAAAACCACAGCCAGUUGUUGCAGAUGUCACACCCAAGAAUCGUAAGAAGCGAGGUAUGAUAGUUCAAUCAGUUGACCUUGAUACGUCUAAUACAGUAACAUCCGAGGCUGAUGUGGCUCCUGAUUCGGAAUUAGUAUCAGCCGUUGGAGCCAAGGGCAGAAAGAAGAAAAAUAGUGAAUUGCGAAAUGUCGAUCUAGCGACGACCGAUUCGAUUCGCACAGCUAUUGAGAAACCAGAUGAAAUUCCGGAAUUAGAAGCACCCCAACCCGUCGCUGAUACUGGUUCCAAAGGUAGAAAGAAUAAGGGAAGAGAGCUCCAAAAGUUAGAAGUGCCUGUUGCAGGUCCUGUUACUAAAGUGUCUGAAAAAUCAGAAGAAACAAUCGAAAUUCCGAAGUUUGAAACAGAAUCAAACCUUGCAGAAGCUACUCCUAAGGGUAGAAAGAAAAGAAGCAGUGUCCUUCAAAGCUCAGAUCUUACCAUCCUCGAUACGCCUGUUUCUACUGAACGAUUGGUUGAAGAACCAGUUGAAGAAAUUCCAGAGCCAGAUCAAAACACCAGGCUUCCCAAAACAAUCGAGGAUAUACCCCAAAAAGGUCGAAAGAAGAGAGGAAAUGAAAUUAAAAGCCCUGAAGCGGUGGCUUUGGAUAAUGCAACUUCUGAAGCAAAGAAACUACUCGAGGAAAGCCCAAAAUCGGAACUCGCAUGUAUCGACAUUGCUAUUAAUGAGGAAUCGGAGAAGAAGAGCGAUAGGCUUCCAUCUGAACAGUUGACAGAUGCUGAAGUGGUCGAAAAACCGAUGGAAGAUAUUAAAAAAACAGCAACUGAGCCACGUGCUAAUGAUGUAUCUCCCAAGGUGCGAAGAAAGAGAGGUGGUGAACUCGAUAAACUCGAUCUGACUGCUUUAGAUAUUCCUCGCUCGCGUCGAGGUAAAAAUAUCAAAGUUGAUGAACCAGUUGUAGCGUCUCAAGAAGUCGAAACCUCGAAAGAAGAGCCGAUUGUGGUGCCAACUUCGUUUGAAAAACAUCGUAAAUCUAAGCGGCCGAAGAAGGACGAAGAAGUAGUAGAGGAGCAUCUUUCAAAAACCGAACAAGUCGUAUCAAAAUCAGAAAUAUUGUCGUCUGUUGUAGAGGAAUCUAAGGAAGAUACAAAAGUGGUCAUAUCUAAACGCUCAAAGCAGCCUAAGCAAUCGUCGGCAGAUUCAACCGCUGAAGAUAUUCCAAUGGUUACUGAACCAACUGUUUGUACAGUUGAGAAAGUGGAACCCAUUGCUCCUGAGCAACCCGAUUCCACGCCUUUCCAUAAGCUGCAGCCCAUCAAAAUGAUUAUAAAAUCCCGGGGCAGAAAGUCAAAUUCAGAAUUGCUUUACGAGUCCACUGAGGUAUCCUCGGAAACAAAAGAGGAUGAGGUUAAAGAGAAACUUCCCAAAUCUCCUAAAAGCUCCAAGAGGAAAAAGACACUGACUGAACCAGUGCCAGUUGAGGACUUACCAAUACCAACGGAGAUAUCACCGACUGAGAAUGUGGAAGAGCCCACCAAAUCUCCCAAAUACAAACGGCCGAAAUUCAUUCAUGAUCAGUCGAAGCCUACGAAAGAUGAUAAGGUUUCGGAAGAAGCAUUACAAAUUUGUACUCCGACAGAUCCUACUGACACUGUUUUACAAAUUGCGGAAGCUUUGAUACAUUUACCAGACGCAACUCCAUUAAAGCCUGCCGUUGUUGACUCAGACAAGGUAGAUCUUAAACCAAACAGUAGUUCGCCCGCACCCAGCGCAAAGACGAUUAAUCCUAGGAAGCGGCACCUUCAGACAUUGAUGAGUAGCCCUGAAUUAGUGGAACAACCUAAACAAUCGGAACCGGUUGAAUCUGUUAUCAUUCCAGAGAAAAAGAAACGUGAAAUUGAUGAGGUUGCUAGCGAAGUGGCGCCUGUAAGCACUGCCGCAAACGAACCUGUCGUAUCGGAAAAGAACCAUACUCAGCGAUUAGAGGAAGAUAAAUUCGACAUCAACAACAUCCCGAUUGUUAUGGAUGAUAGUGAACUUCUGGACGAAUCAAAUAUUUCAACAACCACAAAUACCCAACAGCCAAUUGAAGAGACUCUUCAAAUUCCUACGACGAAACAUUUGACUAAGAAAAUGGUCGUCGCAAAAAGCAGUAACGGAUCGGAAUCCGUUCCGAAAACUACCCCUCAACAGGAUUCCCACGAGACACCGUCUUCUAUACCGGAUUUGUCAGUCGAAUCUACUAAUCUUUCCGUUAAACCUACAGUAAACGAACAGUCAUCUGCGAAAUCGGUUCAAUCACGAACACAUUCACCCACAAAUCGUGGAGCAACACAGCUGGUACAGGCUAGCAGCGUAGGACAGAUUGUGAUAACUAGCAAGGGCACUGUCUUCACAACACAAUCGCCCACUACUUCCACCGCAAAAUCUAGUCGAAGCGGAUCACCCAAAACCCACGUAACUCCGGCCAAGGUUAGUAGAAGCAUAGUUUCGUCCGUGAGUAGCGUGGGUACCAUCAGCAGUUCCACUUCCAAACCAUCUCCACCUUCUUCUUCACCCACCAGUCAUAGUAGUGCAGACGAAUCGACUACUAAACCUCCUGUGAAGAUAUGCGUACAAUCGCAGGAAAUCCUGUACUCUCCAACAAAGUCGCGAUCAUCAACGUCGAAGUUAACUGACACGCCUAUCAGUCACAAGAAGACAUUCUCUAGUAGUUCGUCGCCAAAGAAACUUCUCGCGAAAAAGCACGCCGAUAUCAAUUCACCUACCACUAGCGGUAAACCUCUAUUCUCUACGUCCAAGGGAGCUCCGAUUACACCGCAACCCGCCACAUCAUCGGCAGUAGGCUCAGGAAAAAAAGCACACAAAGUCAUCAAGAUCUCGCCACAAAAGCUCAAAGAGUUCACACGAUUAGGAAUGGUAGAAGACAAAGGGCAGGGGAAAGUACUCACAGCCAGUGGCAUGAAGAAGUUCCGUCAGGAGCAGUACCAGUUGCAGAAACAGCAAAGAUCACGGUCGGAUGAACCUAAGAAACCAUUAAGGGCAGACUCGGUUGAUGAAGAACCAUCCACAUCUACUCCAACCCCGCCUCCUCCAAGCGAAGCUACGCCGGAAGUUGUGAUAGCUGCUGCAGCGGAUUCUUCAGUGAAGGAAAUCACAACUACUCCAGUAGAAGCGGAGCAAAUUUCCGAAGACGACGUCGUAACAAAGUCUACAAAAAAUUGCAUUGAAACUGAUGCGUCGAUGUCGGAUGUGGCCGUCCUGCCAGAGCCUUCAUCCACCGAAGAGAAUGAAGCCGAUGCCACUGUGGAUGAAACAGAAGCGGAGAGUAGCAACUUCGAAGGUACGGAAAAGGAAGUACUCCCACCAGUUGAGGCUCUCGAACCAAUCGAAUCUUCACCUGUCGUUGCUGUGGAAGCAACACCUGAAGCGUCCGAAUCCGGUUCAAACGUGCAGGAAUCGUCACAGCUAAUUGCUGUUCCAGCAGAAAACUUUGGUGGGCCACCGAACUUAUUCUAUCUUUGUGCUGUCCGAGAAGAGGGUUUCGUUCCGGUAAACAAUGAACUGUUGUACUUGGAUUCAUCCAAUCAAUUGGUAGCGCUCCCGGAGCAUGCUUCCAUCGAGGACAUUGUGAACCAGGCGGAAGUGUUAGAGAUCUCAACGGGUAGUGACCAAGGAACGGUAGUAACGGCAGCUGCAGCCAUCGAUGGGGAAGGUGCCAUCGAAGUUGGGCAGCAAAAAUAUUCUUUGAACACACAGGAUGGUCAGCAAAUUAUACUGGACCAGCAAAGUUUGAUGGCGCUGGCCGCCGGAGGUGACACAUCUCAGUUACUUACGCCCGAUGGACAGCAGAUUUUAUUACAGGGUUCGGCGCAAGAGCUGCUGGCAGCACUUGCCGUAAGUCAACCUGGCCUUGGAAUCGUUGCUGCCGAAGGAACUCAAAUAAUUGUUGCACCAGAAUCGUUGAUCGAUUUGCAAGAUCCACCGCUUCCUGGUGAAAUCAUCCAGGUGAAUCCGAACACAACCGUCGAGACCAAUGCAGUUCUCACGAAACCACCGAUCAUGUCAACGGUUGAAGUUCCCACCAAAAAUGGGGCCGAGCCAUUGGUUAGCUCUCCGGAGCAAAAACUGCUGGAGGUCGCCGCCCCUACGAAUCUCGACGAAAGCUUGGCCGCCGUCAUUGGCGUCCCGGGCAACCCGAAUGUGCCGACGUCGCUAGAGCUGCCAAUAACCGUUACGAAUCCGGUGAUAGCCAAAACGACCACCAGUAAGAUCAAUCCAAUCUAUCCACCAACGACGGCGAUAUCCGCUAUCGCUCUUGAUUCAGCGGUGGCGGCGGCGGCGGCCGGAUCUGUCAUCGGUCUUCCAACGGUAGCACAAACAGGUACAGAUAGCUCACAAGAUGAAACACACGAGACUACUAGUUCUAGCGACGACACAAACAGUAACAAAACCGAGCGUCAUCCGAUCGAUGUGACAAGAUCAGAAAAGGUGAAUGGUAAAAGUAUUGAUGAUGAAGAUGAGGAAAAUCGCGACUUUAAUGCAGAGAACGAUAUCGACGAGAUUAUUCCCAAUACCCCCGAAUCUCAGAUGAAUAGUCAUGCCGAAAUAUCGUCUCAGUUCAGUGACGACGAAUCCGAGGCCCCAGUGCCUAUACCUAACGUAGAUGUAGAUGAUGAAGAUGACAAUGUUUCUGACUGUAGCGAGAUUAUUCCCAUCCAACCUAACGUUGUAAUAUUGAGGAACAUUAAUAAUGAACUGAUGAACAAUAAUGACAAUGACAACAGUAGUGAUAUGGAGAUAGACAACCCAGAACCGACUUCCGGUAAUGAGGAGAAUAAUCCUCAUCAUUCGUCGUACACGGACAGCGCCAAUAAUAACAGACUAGUUGAGAGAUAAUAUCUAGCAGGCACUAGCUUAGGUGGACCGUUUGUAGAUUUCAGCUCGUUGGCACAGGCUGAACUGCACCAACACGGUCACUUUGAACCGGCGUCGACCGUCGAGUUACAUUUCGUUGCGCCACCGCCACAAAUCCACCAUCCUUCUGGUCAGCAUCCACGGCCCAUGCUCAGUCCUGUCGAUAGUAGUUGUUCACACGAUUCAUUCUCAUCUUCAUCACCAUCAUCACUUUUGUCGGUCAGCAGCAGCAACAACCAUACUGUCGCUAUUAUCAACAGCAAGUCUAACCAUAGCAGCGGAAACAUCACCGGUACCGAAAACGACACAAACAGCAACAUCAUUUUUCCUUCGUCAUCACAGCAUCUGUUUUUCUAAACAGCAUUUCGAGCUCGAGUGGAGCGUCGACAAUAGGUACUAAUUAUGGAAUGUAAAUUGAACUUAAUCUUUGGUUUGAUAUUUUUGGGGUACGGUUGAUUUAGAGAUUUUGAUUAGUACUUGGCUUGUAGAGGAGGAUUUGUUGUCCUGUAGUAAAUGUUCAUUCCAUUCCAAGAUGGGUUAGACCAAGAUGAAUACACAGCUAGGUGUUUCAAUCUGACCAAUUUAUGGACGAGAAGAAGGCGGGGGUGAAAAAUUCAUUUUCGGUGCAAAACAUAAACAAACCGGCUGGCUCUCCCAUA